AUGGGUGGCAAUCAGUAUCCCCUCGACGAACGAAUCCACGCCUGCUCGCGUGAACUCAAGCAACUGCAGCAUGACGAACGCUACCUCGACGAUACCUGCUCCGUACCUAGCAUCGAAACCUUGCUACGUGUCGCCGAAACGACCAAUCCCGCGAAGUGGCAAGUUAGUUUGCCACAAAAGCAAAAGACGCUGGCACGGUUGAACGGCAUCACCAAACAGCGCAGAGCUCACUUGCGGCGGAUUUCAUCUUUCCGGAGGGUCCUGGGCACUCUCGAAGACGAUUGUGGUGAACAGCGGCAGAUCUCGAAGGUUAUGAGCAUGAUUGUCGAUACCAACAACUUGGCCGCUAAAAAUGCUGCCCAACUCAGCAAUUUGGGGAUUUCCACUCGUGGCUUUACAGAUCAUCUCAAGGUAUUGGAGGAAGCCUUUUCCACGGGAUAG